AUGAAGUUGGUUGCGGGACUGCUGACAGCGACGGCGUGGUUGAGCAGCUUGGCGGUCGCUCUUCCCUCAUCGACAUACAACAACAACCUCAAAUACUACUUUCCUCGGCAGACACUGCCGCAGUAUCCCUCUUCGUUCGAUCCUCUCAGCAACAACAUCCUCGCCGUCUACUAUGGCAAGGCGCAAUACAACUCGAACCCGUCGCUAUGGGACCUCUGCAGCCUCGACGACAUUGACAUGAUCGUCAUGGGCUUCAUCCGCGGCUUCAAUGGCGCCAACAAGCAACCCAACUUUGAUAUCGGUUCGUGCAAGACGCCGUAUGAGCCAGCUCCCAACGCGACGGGCAUCACUUGUCCUGCUCUGGCAGCAAACAUUACCCGCUGCCAGAGCUUUGGCAAGAAGGUCAUGAUCAGUCUGGGUGGUUCCAGCAGCGAACUGGGCCUCAACAAUGCCUCCCAGGCUCAGCAAGCUGCCACCACUCUGUGGAACAUCUUUGGUGCUGGCACGGAUGCUUCCGACUCGAGGCCUUUUGGCAAUGUCACUCUAGACGGCUUCGAUUUUGGUAAUCCUCAAACACAUCUCACGACAAUCAUGACACUGACGCACCACNNAGAUUACGAGAACUAUGCCGACACGACCUACGUUGACGUCCUUGCUGGCACUCUGCAGUCGCUCUUCAAAACUUCCAGCCCUCAACGCUACAUCAGCGCCUCCCCUCUCUGCGCAAACAAUACCGUCAUGCCCUGGGGCUUCUACCAGAAUGCAAACUUCAUCUGGCCGCGCUUCUACAACGCAAAUGCCUGCAAGGCUGGCGGCAAGGGCUACAACAACUCCGUCACCGCCUGGUCCACCUUCCUCGAAGGCGUCAAUUCAAACAUCGGCCCACAUUACCCUCGCUUCUACAUUGGUGCUCUCGGCUUCNNCAACAACUACAACAAUGGCGGCGGCUAUGUUGAUCCCAACAUCUUUGGCGAUCUCGUCGAGUACACCAAGGACCGCGUUGGCAGGGAAAGAUUCGGCGGUGUCAGUAUUUGGGAGGGAACCGAUGCUUUGCAGACCUUGACCACGGAUGGCGCCAACAUUCUGAACGUCACCAAGGAGGCCCUGCUGGAGCCGUUUACCAGCGAUGCCUGCGGUACGUUACUCGACACUCGCGCUUUGAAAGUAGUAAUCUUAUUAUCCGUGGCCAGAUUAAUACUUGGAUUGUUAUAA